UUGCGUAUGACAAAUUCCCCAUGUCAGAAAAUCAAAAAUCAAAAUAAAUAGGUACCCAGAAUUUUUACUAAAGUAUGUUUUUACUAAGUAUUCAUAAAUACUAAAUUAAAUAUAUUGCAUAGACAAAUGUUUGUUUGAUCUUAACAAAUCUGUUGAUGAAGUUGUAAGAAAAAGGGGGAGUGCAUAGUUGUAAUAUGAAAUUAGAGGAGGGUGUCACAGUCGUGGGAAGUGCUGCGGUCGUAAGCGGCUGAAAACAACAGCGGCUGGUGGUCGAGAGCGGUGGAACGUUGGCUCUUCUCGAAGGUACAACCCGCCUGCGCUCCUGGCCACUACACAUCGCCCGGUUGCGCACGGAUCUGCCGAAUGGUGAAAUCAGUAUUGAAAUGGGUGGGGAGAUCGUAAAGUGGACAUGUGCAGAUGAAGGGACUAAGGCUGAGCUAGCCCGCGCGGCAGUUGCAGCGACAGCAUCGGUUGCCCCACAUUCUUUGUCUGAAGCAGAGCUGGGGGCUCUGUUGGAGGAUGCUGAACUAGAUGAAGCGGAUGCAGAGAGGCGUGUGCAGAGGCUAGGAGAAAAGCUUGCACGCCUUGAUGCCUUGAAUGUGGGUGGAAUGCUUGCCGCUGCUACAGAGGGUGGAGGGGCUAGACUUGCUACACGUCUCGAAGAGGGCGCGGCGCAGGGUGCGGCGCUUUCGGCGCGUGCGGCGCGGCUGGAGGCGCUGACGCGCGCGGCGGGCGGGGCGCUGCACGCGCGCUCGGGCGCCGCGCGGGCCGACGCCGCCGCGCGCGCGCUGCUCGCCGAGCUCGCCGACAUCUACGCCUGGCUCGACGCGCCCGCGCUCUCCCACCUCGACCACUUGCAGGAGAUAUCACUCGCAACUCCAGAAGGAAGAGCGCGAGCACUGGCGGCCGCGGAGGCUCUCCGCAACGCGCUGCGAGCCGAGCGCACGGCGCCCGCGGCGCGGCUACGGCUGAGCGCGGUGCGCGAGCGGCUGCGGCGGCUGGCGCGCGCGCGCGACCAGCUGGCGGCCGCGCUGGCCCGCCACCUCAACAACGCGCUCAUCCACCUCGCGAACGAGGCGCAGGCGCCGGCACCCUCGCCGCCGUCGCCCUGCCCCGCGCCCGCGCCCGCCGGCGGCGCCCCCCCCGCGGCGCCCCCGCCCGCCGCGCCCUACGCGCCCGCCGCGCCGCGCCGCCACCACGUCGAGCUGCAGCCCUACGUGCCCUUCAUGCGCUGGCUCAAGGAUAUGGAUGAGAAGGCUUACGACGCGCUCGUUAAGGUGUAUGUGGGCACGUGGAGCAAGGUGUACGAGCGAGAGUUGGGCGCCGCUACUACGGGAGAGCGCCCUCUACCUGAUGUCUUAACACUGGUCGAGACCAUCUGCAAUGCGGAACAAGAUUUCUGUACCCAAUUUUUUUCGCUCGAUGUUGAUUCCAAGAGCGACGGCAGCGACAGCGAGGGCGGUGCGGCGGGCGCGCCGGGGGCGGCGGGGGCGCCGGGCGCGGCGGGGGCGCCGGGCACGGCGGGGGCGGCGGGCGAGGGGCGGCGCAUGUCGGGCGCCACGCGACGGCUGAUGGGCGAGCUGUUCCCCGCGCUGGACGCGCAGCUGGGCGCGCUGCUCGCCGCCGUCGAGCGCGACGACCCCUACGGGGCGAUGCGCGCGCUGGCGUGCGUGAGCAAGCGCGUGCUGGGCGAGUCUCGAGACGGCGCAGAGGCGGAAGGCGCGGGGGCGCCGGGCGCGGGGGUGCAGGGCGCGGGGGCGCAGGGCGCCGGCGAGGGGCGCUGGUCGCGGCUGGCGCUGGCGAGCGUGGCGGUGGCGGCCAAGCGCGGCGCCGACCGCGCCGUGGCCGACCGCCUCGCCGCCUUGCCGGACGCGGUCAAGCAGGCCGCCCGCAAGCCCAAGUGCGGCAUCUUCAGCUUCAUCCCCGAGCUGGAGGAGAUGAGCUCGGUGUGCGAGGCGAUCUUCGCGGGCGGCCGGCGCGCCGACCUCGACCGCUGGUACCUGUCGCUGUGCACGGGCAUGGUGCGCGCCAUCGCGCAGGCGGAGCACCCGCGCACGCCGCGCGCCGUGCUGCAGCUGGAGAACUUCCACCGGCUGCACGGCGCCGUGAGCGCGCUGCGCGUGGCCGCGCUGGACGCGCUGCGGCGCGACGCGCGCGCGCGCUACGCCGCCGCGCUGCGCCACUACGUCACGCACUACUUCGGCCGCCCGCUCGACAAGAUCGCGCAGUUCUUCGAGGGCGUGUCGGAGGCGGUGGCGGCGGGCGCGCGCGAGGAGGAGGUGUGCUACCGCGCCGCCUUCAGCAAGCACCAGCUGCGCAAGCUGCUCGCGCUCUACCCCGCGCACGAGGUGCGCAAGUCGCUCCACCGGCUGUACCGCACGGUGGAGAAGCACCUGAGCGAGGAGGGCGGGCUGCUGCAGGUGGUGUGGCGCGCCAUGCAGGAAGAGUUCAUCGCGCAGCACGUCGCGCUGCAGGCGCGCAUAGCGGCGUGCUACCCGGGCGCGGGGCUGGCGCUGCCGCUCAGCACGAGAAGAAAGAUACACUUUAGCAAACUUCGAAAGGUUUGGGUAUUGUUUUUCGUCUGCUAA